CCGGAUGUUCGGCCUUUGCUUUUUACCGCAAUCGGAUCGGAGGCAAAAAUCUGCUCCUUCCACGGAGCCGCUGCCUACGAUUUCGGACUUUGCAGAACAGAGCCGCGCACAACGCUGAAUUUCCAGAGCUCUGCGUUUAUUUUAAGAGGGACGGGGGUGUGGAUAAUCGGGUAACGGAGCAGCUGUGGGAGGGAUGUGGAGGAUUUGGGAGAGUUUCCCGGCUGCUGAUUGGUAACCGUAACGGGCCCCAUUCCACUGCGAUAGUUCCGCUCCUGUUGCGGGCUCUCGUCUCGCUUCGUUCCCGGCGGCACGUAACCCUCUCCCGAGCAGGGGUGAUGUGAGGACGGGCGGAGAGCCGAGAAACCAGCUCGUCCGAUGCGGCCGGGAAGCGGCGAGGGCUCGGGCACGGACGGACAGCGGGACAGAUGGCGUCGGAUGUAAGGCAGCGCAAGAGCCCGCGGAACGGGCAGCGGGACCGAGGUCCGGCCCCGUGGCGAGCGGUGGCCGGCGGAGAGCUGGCAAAGAGCGGCCGCUCGGGGCUCCUGCUGCUGCUGGGGCUGGGACUCGGGGUCGGAAUCCUGGCCGCCGGAGGAUGGAAAUAUUACACAGAUUCCCAGCGAGCGAAGCAAGAUAAUGCUCUGAAGUCACUCGGCAAUGAAGGCUUGUUCUUGUUUUCCUCAUUUGACGUUAACAACGACUUGUACCUCAGUCCAGAAGAAUUUAAGCCUUUAGCUGAAAAACUAACAGGAAUUAUGCAAUCCCCUGUUUAUGACAGUGAUGUGGAGACGGACCCUGAUGCGGAGACGUUGACGAUCGAAGCUGCUUUCCAGCCACUGCUCCUGGAAUCAAUGACCAAGAGCAAAGACGGAUUUCUCGGAGUCUCCCAUGGCUCUCUGUCGGGUCUGAGGAACUGGAAAACUCCAGAACUUUCCUCCAGUGUGUUCAGUACCAGCCUGUUUAAAGCCUUCCUUCCCGUCAAGGAUAAAAUGGCGCUGGGAGAGGUGUGGUGGAUAAUCCCCAGUGAGCUCAACAUCUUCACGGGAUACCUCUCGAACAAUAGGUUUUACCCUCCAACGCCGCAAGGAAGAGAGGUCCUUAUUCAUAAACUCCUUGGCAUGUUCCACCCUCGGCCCUUUGUGAAGACGCGAUUCGCUCCACAGGGAGCAGUGGCCUGUAUCCGAGCCGUCAGCGACUUCUACUAUGACAUCGUGUUCCGGAUCCACGGAGAAUUUCAGCUGAACGAGCCUCCGGAUUUCCCCUUCUGGUUCACACCAGGACAGUUCACUGGGCACGUCACCCUCUCCAAGGAUGCCUCGCACGUUCGAGACUUCUGGAUGUAUGUUCCCAAUGGCAGGUCUCUGAACGUGGACAUGGAGUGGCUGUACGGGACGGGCGACAGCGGAAACAUGGAAGUGGACAUAGGUUACCUGCCCCAGAUGGAGCUCAAAGCCGCGGGCCCCUCCUUUCCGAGUGUUAUUCUCGAUGAGAAUGGAAAUGUAAUCGACACAGCCGACCCAUCGGGGGAGCCCAUUCAGUUUGUUUUUGAGGAGAUUCACUGGCAGUCUGAAAUCAGCUUUGAAGAGGCUGCCAAGAAGCUGGAGGCAACUUUGUAUCCCUUUAAAAAGGUUUCCUACCUUCCGUUCACCGAAGCCUUUGAGCGCGCCAAGGCAGAAGACAAGUUGGUGCAUUCCAUAUUACUGUGGGGGGCACUCGAUGACCAGUCCUGCUGAGGUUCGGGGCGGACUCUGCGAGAGACAGUUCUCGAGAGUUCGCCCGUUCUCUCGCUGCUGAAUGAGAGUUUCGUCAGCAGCUGGUCCCUGGUCAAGGAGCUGGAGGAUCUCCAGAGCAAGCAGGAGAAUGAAGAACAUGCCCAGUUAGCGAGCCUGCAUUUAGAACACUAUAACUUCCCUGUCGAGAUGCUCAUUGCUUUACCAAACGGUGUGGUGGUUCACCACAUCAAUGCAAACUAUUUCCUUGAUGUCACUUCUAUGAAGCAGGAUGAGAUGGACAAAGGCCUCUUCCUCUCUUCACGAUUCGAGGACCCUUCCACGGCAGCUUAUGUGCAAUUUCUGAAGGAAGGACUGGAAAAGGCCAAGCAGUUUGUACCGUCCUAACCAAGAGGAACACGUCAGAAAUGUGGUUCAGACUGACCGCACUGCUCCCUCCCUACAGGCCUUGAUGCACAGUCUGCACUGAUAAUUUACCCAGGGAACCAGGUCGUGUGGGCUUCAGACAUUUGAGAAAAUGGACGACGUGUGUUGCUGAAGUGUGUGUGCGUGAGUGAGCAGAGGCAUGGAAAUGUUGGGAUGUUCCCUGCUGCAUCGGGUGAUGAAUCGAUCAUUUGUGUGUGGAAAUGUUGCUGGAAGCUAGGAGGACUGUUGGUGAGAAACCAAAUGAUUUUUAGAUGCUGAAUGUAAAACUCUCCCUGUCCCAGUAUUAGUCAUCAAAAAAAAAUGAAUAUCCCGUUUCAACACUUAGGGUUACUUCAGGAACAUUAUUUCCACUUUGUUUUCUGCUUACAAUCAGGUGAAUACUGGCAGACCCCAGAGUCUAGUGAGACACUAGAUUAGAUUAUGAGGACACGCAGUCCUUUUUUAUUGUCAUUGACUGAGUUUCAAACUUGCAAUACAAUAACCUUAAAUGUCUCAUUCCUUGCUUUCACUUCCUGCGGCGCUGGUGAUGGCCAGUUGCUGAAGCAGUUCUGGGGGGAGGAACUCAUAGCCCCUUCCCAUUCCCUCCUGUGAAACACUUCCAUACUCAUAGGAUCUCACGGUUAGCUGCAUCUUUGACUGAUCGAGCUUGAAUCUUCCCAUCCGUCAUCCCCGUAGCCAUAAAUAUGAUUGGUGGCCCGGCUGAAUUUCUGGUCGUUAUCUUGUCUCAUUUCCUGUUUGAAGAAAUUGUGCUCUUCCACAUGCAAAAAUUUAACCCAGUAUGUUGUAUCUUCUAGCAUGUUAGCAAGAGGAGGGGAGGGAAAGACAGAGAACAAAACACAUGGUGUCAAAUGAUCAAUUUCCUUGAGACUUUCUAACCCAGGACCACUAUUUUUUUUUUAAAUAAGUGCUAAGAUUCAGUUAAGUAUGAAUUGAUGCAGAAACAGAAUUCAGGCUUGGCUGUGGAUACUUUGCUCAUGGAUUAUUCAGAAUGAUAAGUUCCUCCAGGUUACUUUGUACCAUUCUGGUAAUGCCGUAAUAAUGAAGUCAUUAUCCAGUCAGGUUCAGGUUCGACAUCAGACUGCAUGCUGGGAUAGGAGAACAAGAGUUGGAGUGCUUUGGGAACAGAUGAUCCAAAGUUCUUCAUAUCUGUCCCAAAAUGGUAUUUUUGACAGAAAUCUUAACUGAUUUAAGUAAAUCUAUACUAAGUGCUUCCACCACUGCCCUAAAGACUGCUGUGACCACAUUAACACUUUUGUCUGUUAACAAGGGAUCCCGGCUCACAUUACAGGAUGUUUAGAGUCAAAGAAAAGUACAGCACCGAAACAGGCCACCUAGUCCGUACUGAAACGGCCCACUCCCAUCCGACCUACACUGGAACCAUAGCACUCCACACCCCUCCCAUCCAUAUACCUAUCCAAACUCCUCUUUAAGUGUUGAAAUUGAGCUCAACGUGCACAACUUGCACUAGCAGCUCAUUCCACUCACAGUCCCGAGUGAAGUUCCCCCUCAUGUUCUUAUUAAAGUUGUCACCUUUCACCCUUAACCCAUGGCCUCUGGUUGUAGUCCCACCCAACUUCAGUGGAAAAUGCCUGCUUGCAUUUGCCCUAUCUGUACCCCUCAAUUUUGUAUACUUCUAUCAAAUCUCCUCUCAAUCUUCAACUCAGGACAGACAUCCAUUCACCUGUCCUAAUCCAUCAGCAUAUACUAAAUGGGAUUUUAUCCAAGGGAUUGGGUCUUCAAUGAUGAACGUCAACUGGUUUCAUAAAAUCCAGGUACGCCCACUGCCGGUGUGGGUGGGUGUAUGAAAGGCAAAGGCAUACCACCAUCCUACUUGGACAAGUAGGAAAGAGCAGCCAGGUCUACUUGCAACCAGAACAGACAGUGAACAAGGUAAAUGGAACUGUGCCUCAAGGUUUUCUGCAGGCUGACCCAUGUAAUUUAAAGGCUGUUACCUGGCCAACUAUUACUGUACCUAUGCAAAGAUUGCUUCUCUUUCAAACUAUUUUAUCAAGUCUACAAAAUAUUUAUAGUCAGAAGUAGAUAGGUUUGACAUUUUGAAAUUUGACCUCAUUUUAUACAUUUACAGAUGGUGUUAUUUUGUAUGCUGGUGAUAAGGGUAUCAAGGAAGUGGCAGUGGGGAGAAUCUAGAUCUGGUCAUCUAGAAGCCAAGGUCAAGAAUGGCAGAGGGUUGUUGUCCUUUUCUCAGGAGCCGCAUUUAUGAAGGCUCUUCCCCAAAGCCUGUGAAAGGAUUGGGUUGAGCCUGAUGCCCAGCGAGCUGCUCUCGAGAGGGAACAGCCUCAUGCCAUCCCUUGCAAAAGAAAUUUAAAAAAAGACAAGAAUCCUGUUCAAGGCCUUUUAGGAAAAAAAGCAAGAGCUGCCAAAUGCUACAGCAGCUAAAAAGUUACAACAAAAAGUUACAAUAGAUUAGCCUAGGGAGGCUCAAUUUGAAUUUAAUGCAAAAUUUAGAUUUAUUUAUCAUAUGCAAGUCAAAACAAACUCAUUACUGCUGCCUCCUUUUGGGAUUUUAUCUCACUGGGCAAGGACAGUACAUCCUCAGCUACAUAACUGCAAUCCAUUGUGCCUAAGCUACUUGCUUUUAACUGGUACGCAACUCCAUCUCAACACAAUGUUUCAAGCAAUUCUAACCACAGAUAUAACAUCAUUUACACUAAAAUGAUGAGUAUUUGUCUCCUUUGAACUGCAAUGAAUGGUUUAGAUUUACACUCAGCCACUUUAUUGGGUACAUCUGCUUGCUUUUGCAAAUAUCUAAUCAGCCAAUCACAUGACAGCUGCUCAGUGCAUAAAAGCAUGUAGACAUGGUCAAGAAGUCCAGUUGUUCAGACCAAACAUCAGAAUGGGGAAGAAAUGUGAUCCAAGUGACUCUCACCAUGGAAUGAUGGUUGAUGCCAGAUGGGGGUGGUUUAUGUAUCUCAGAAACAGCUGAUCUCCUGGGAUUUUCAGGCACAGUCUUAGAGCAGGGGUUACCAACUUUACAUCAUGGACCCCUAUAUUUAACUGAGGAGUCAGUGAACCCCAGAUUGGGAAUCCCUGCUCUAGAGAAUGGUGUUUGGGGGGAGAACAACAUCUAGUGAGCAGCAUUUCUGUGGUCUUAAACACCUUGUUAACGAGAGAGGUCAGUGAAGAAUGGCCAGACUGGAUCAAGCCGACAGUGACCCAGAUGACCAUGUAAUACAACAAGGGUGUGCAUGAGAGCAUCUCUGAAUGCACAACACGAACCUUGAAGCAGAUGGGCCACGGGCAGAAGACCAUUUCAGAUUCCACUCCUGUACCCAAUGAAGUGGCCACUGAGUAGGUCAACAGCUCAAUAAGAUUUAUACAGCAACUAUUUCUGCCGUUGAGGAUGUACUGGUCUUAAAUACCAAGUUAUCAAUCUCAUGGACAGAUGAUAGUUACGUCACAUAGCAAACAUUUUCAUUUGAAAAUUGUACUUUUGGGAUUGUGAGUUAUUAUUUCAGUAAAGCAAGUUUAAAAUAAUGGCAAUGGACUCAGGUGGUUAAAAAGGAAAGGUUCUUCACAGCUUGGAUAGCACACGUGUACAUGUGGCUUUGGUACUUAAUGCUUGAAGUUUAUUUUUGUAGUGACUGCAGUUCCCAACAUUAAAUCACCUAUACCUCUUCGAUCCAAUGCAGUGAUGUAUGAUCACAAGGUCUUUAUUAUGAACUUACAGAUACACAUUUGACAAUUCUCACAUUAGUCUUCGGUAACAACAGGAGAUUAAGGCCAUGUAAUCAACAUGGAAUACCUCUCCUGUAACAAAAAUAUACACAGUGAUCAACUAGUGGCAAAGUGCAAGUCAGUAACCUUCCUCAUCCCCAUGCUUUGCUUGGAUAUUAUAUCAGUACUAUGAAUGGAUUCACAUAUUGCAGAAGCACACUGAUGCUUCAUUUAAAACUACAUCCAGUUUCAUUUUGGCAGUGCAAACCCAUCUUUCUAGAUAAAGUGGGUAAAUUGCAUCAGGGUCUCCUGAGCUACUAGAGACAAGGUAUCCACCUGCUCACGUACCAGGAGUUAACUUGUCCCUUCUUUACUAAAGAAAUGCCCAGCUGCAGACAAUAAAGCAGUCUGUUUAAAGUGGGAACGGCAGGUCCUGUUCCUUAAAACUAUCAGUGCACAAAUUGGAAAAUGGGCCUUGUGCCAUUU